AUGGGUGCUUGGGGCCAUAAUCUCCUUGAUAACGAUACUGCAUGCGACACAUUUGCAAGAUUGACAGAUCCUAAGGCAGAAGCUCCAGUUGCAGAAAUAUUCCACACAAUUGAAGAAUAUUCCAAUCCAGACACAUUUUCAGGAUAUAUCGAAGAUGAUGAAGUAAAUGAAAUUUUAGUUUGCAUACUAUUGGUCGUUGGCUUCACUGAUAAGACGUUGAUUGAAGUAAGAACAGAUAAAAGCAUCAAUAAGUAUUUUACUGAUAAAAUAUCAAAAUUCCUUAAACAACACCAAAAGACAUUCGAUGAUUCUGUAAAAGUAGAUUACUAUGAAAAAUCAGAGAAGCUUUUUGAGAGAAUACUUGAUGUAGAAAAAUCCGAAACUUACGAAUUAUGGAAUGAAGCUGGUGGAGAAGAUUGCAAAUCUUGGGUGGAAAUGGUCACUAAAAUUAGAGAGGAUCUUGUUAAGGUGACUCCUCAAUCGAUUUAA